CCUCGCUGGAGAUAAGCAUGAAUGUCCAGAAGACGAUUUUUUUUGUUCUUCGAUUCAGUUGAAGACGGGUUCAAUCACAGGAUGGUGGAUAGAUUUAACACCUGAUCAUCUCCAGUGUAAUAUCUUCAACUCAAUCAUCAUGGAAACCAUGCUGCAAUACGUCGAGGUCUCACUCAGCUGGAUCUUUGAGAACUCCCGCGGCCAUGAUGCCAAGGCGUUCUAUACCUCCCCUGUGUUCGCCUCGCACGCCGACCCGACCAUCACCGUCACGUCGCCAGACUGCGGCGAGUCCCCCGCGACAAUGGGACCAGAGUACAUCGCCGGCGGCGGUGGCCGGAUCCCGGCGCUCUUUUGGGGCGUCCCGAGCGAUCUCGAGCCUGAGGUGAGGGAGUGGCUCCUCCUCGUCGAGGAUAUGGACGCCCCCUUGCCGAUGCCCAUCUGCCACGGGAUCUAUGGUGGGAUCGCCCCCGAGAAGAGGCGGGUAAUCCCCGAGGACUUUGAAAUCGAGGACGAGGAGAGGUCUCUUCUGAAAGGGGGCUUUCAUUGGGGCAAGGGGUGGAGACGGGAUGCCGUUUACGUCCCUCCGAGGCCGCUGAUGAACCACGGCGCCCACAGAUAUGUUUUCCAGGUCGUGGCGUUGAGCGAGGCAUUGGAUAAGAAGAUGCUGGAGAACAGAGCCACCAAGGAGCAGUUCGCCGAAGCCAUUAAGGGAAAGGUGCUGGGCUGGGGGAUGUGGACUGGAAGCUGCGAAAGGAAAUGGGUUUGAGAUGAGAUAUAGGGUGAUGGGGGGGCGAUGUUAGGUUCCAUGGUGUUACUCAGAAUGACACACUUCAUCGGUAUGCCGCCAGAUCACUAUGGGAGGUAUACAGCCUU